UGCGCGGCGGCGGGACCGAGCCCGGCUCGGGGAGCGGGCACCAUGGUGCUGUCGGUGCCCGUGAUCGCGCUGGGCGCCACGCUGGGCACGGCCACCAGCAUCCUCGCGCUGUGCGGGGUCACCUGCUUGUGUCGGCACAUGCACCCCAAGAAGGGGCUGCUGCAGCGGGACCGGGACCCCGACCCGGAGAAGGCAAGACCCGGCGUACUCCGGCCCGCCCAACAGUUCAACAUUAAAAAAUCCACGGAGCCCGUCCAGCCCCGAGCGCUCCUCAAGUUCCCAGACAUUUAUGGCCCCAGGCCGGCAGUGACGGCCCCGGAGGUCAUCAACUAUGCAGACUACACGCUGAGGACCACAGAGGAGCCUGCUGCGCCUGCCAGCCCCCAGGCCCCGAACGACAGUCGCCUCAAGAGACAGGUCACAGAGGAGCUGUUCAUCCUUCCUCAGAAUGGUGUGGUGGAGGAUGUCUGUGUCAUGGAGACCUGGAACCCAGAGAAGGCUGCCUCCUGGAACCAAGCCCCCAAACUUCACUACUGCCUGCAGUAUGACCAGCAGAAAGCGGAACUGUUUGUGACUCGCCUGGAAGCUGUGACCAGUGACCACGACGGAGGCUGUGACUGCUAUGUCCAAGGCAGCGUGGCCAACAGGACAGGCUCGGUGGAGGCCCAGACGAUCCUGAAGAAGCGGGAGCUGCACACCACCUGGGAGGAAGGCCUGGUGCUCCCCCUGGCGGCGGAGGAGCUCCCCACAGCGACUCUGACGCUGACCCUGAGGACCUGCGACCGCUUCUCCCGCCACAGUGUGGCUGGGGAGCUCCGCCUAGGCCUGGAUGGGGUAUCCGUACCUCUUGGGGCCGCCCAGUGGGGGGAGCUGAAGACUUCCAUUAAGGAACCUUCUGCCGGAACGGGAGAGGUCCUGCUCUCCAUCAGCUACCUCCCAGCUGCUAGCCGCCUCCUGGUGGUGCUGAUUAAGGCCAAGAACCUCCACUCGAACCCGUCCAAGGAGCUCCUGGGGAAGGAUGUCUCUGUCAAGGUGACCUUAAAGCACCAGGCUCGCAAGCUGAAGAAGAAGCAGACGAAACGAGCCAAGCACAAGAUCAACCCCGUGUGGAAUGAGAUGAUCAUGUUCGAGCUGCCCGAUGACCUGCUGCAGGCCUCCAGCGUGGAGCUGGAGGUGCUGGGCCAGGAGGAGGAGGGGCAGAGCUGCACGCUGGGCCACUGCAGCCUGGGCUUGCACGCCGCGGGCUCGGAGCGCAGCCACUGGGAGGAGAUGCUCAAAAACCCACGCCGGCAGAUCGCCAUGUGGCACCAGCUGCACCUGUAGCCAGCGUCCCGGGCCACCGCCCUUCUGGGGCACAGCCCCGCCCCUUCCAUCCCAGCUGUCCUCUGCGACCUCUUUGUGCCACAUCCUCAUUCUGACACCCAGAGGACAGACGUGUUUGCAGAGACCAGGACUGGACCCUGUCCUUUCUCAUCACACUCCCGUUUCUAAACAACGAGCAGGGCAGGACUGGGCCGUGUGUGGACAUCUGGGUCACACUGAGGAAUGCAUUUUG